UGAUCCGAAAUUCCGAAUCCCAAAAGGGAUUAAAACACGUAAUUAAUGAUUGAAAAACCCUACCUCUAUAUAACACACACAAAAGGCCAUAUAGCAAGAAAUAAAAAAAAUCUCUGAACUCAUUCUCAUGCUGGACUUGCGCAUCAUCUAAUCAUCCAGAAAGAAUUGAUGGAUUCACAAGACAAGUUGACUCCUGCGUUGUGUGCCAAGGGCUGUGGCUUCUUUGGCUCUCCGGAAAACAAAAAUCUUUGUUCUAAGUGUUACAAAGACUAUCUCAAAGAAGAGGUAAUUACUAAGACUGCAGACAAACUCUCUGAACUUGUCAUCACCCCAUCAUCUGAUGAUAAGAACCCAGCUGUUGUUUCUAAUGAAACAGCUUCAACAACCACCACAACUGCAUCCUCUACAACGGUGCUGAAAAAUAGAUGUGAAUGCUGCGGCAAGAAAGUUGGUUUGAUGGGGUUCAAGUGCCGCUGCGGGAAAACCUUCUGUGGGGUUCAUCGAUAUGCCAAGGAGCACUCCUGCACCUUUGAUUUCAAGAAUUUUGAUCGACAAAUUUUGGCUAAGCAAAACCCGCUUGUUGCUGGUGAUAAACUUGAUGCUAGAAUCUGAUGCAGUCUUUAAAUCUUCGAUCUUCAAUUAAUCUUUGU